AUGGCCGGACCAGGACGCCCACGGCGCAGAAGAGGCUCCAGCGCAUCCAUCGACUCGACCGACGAUAGGCGCCGGCGAUGGACAAGAGAGUCGGCGAUCCUCAAGCCGGUCACCCCAGGCACGUCGGAUGACCUGUGGCCAUAUUUUGCCGUGUUGACGGAUGCCACCAUUUACCAAAAGGACGGAAAGACGCUGGCAAACCCGCUACAUGUCGAUCUCGAGGGGCCAUUUAUCGUACGCGGAAAACUCGAACCGGUGGAAGACGGUGACGACGAAGCUCGCGAAUGCUUCCACAAGCCUUACAACAAAGCGACGUAUAUCGAAAUCUCUAGAUCGGAACGAUACUCGAUCGGAUAUGACCCAAACACCCUUUGGGUUUCUGGCGCAUCGGGAUGGUUCGAAAUCAUUCCCUCGAGGAAAUACGAAACCAUGUACAACGAGGUGAUGGAGGCAAUCACCCUAUACUAUGGAAUCAUGGGUCCGUACGAGGAGCACAAGAGGCUGCUAAAGAAGGCCGACAAGAAGAAGCGCAAGGAUGUAAAGCCACCAUCUUUGGACGAAAUCUUCUUUUCAUACGCGCUGACGGCAGGAGAUGGAGCUGUCACGGUGAAAGAAGAAGUUGAGGCCCGAUGUCUGAAGUGGGCACAGUUUCUGUUAGCUCAUUUCCCCAAGGAAUCCGAGAUCAGAUGGCAGGACACCGGGUUUGCCGCUUGGCUGCAAUCAGCCCGCCCAGACCUUCAAAAGAAGAUCAGCGACGUCGCUGCUGGAUUGCUCACCAAACCAGCUGCUGAGCCGGAAGGUUUACUCGCGCGGGACGAUCACUCGCCUCAAUCCCAAAGCUUAGCGAUCCGUGAACCACCGAAAGGCAGGACGACCAGGACCAGUCGACAGGCUAGUGAGCUGUCAGACCAACGCUCAGACAAAGGGAAGGGUAUAGCCAGAGACAGCCCUGUGGAAAUUCCGAUCCCAGCCCCAGUGUCACACCGACACCUAUCUUCAAGUUCCCCUCGCCCUCGGGCGUCGCCCGCCGUCAUUACUGGUAGUGACGACCUUCCCGAUGACCCAGUCGAUAGGCUCAUCGCUCUGUUGGGAGAAGUUGCCCAACGUAUUGACAUCAAGACGGUGAAAAUGUCAAAAAUCAACUCGGACUUAUUCUACAACUGCAGGAUCAAAUACUACAAUGCCGCCAGGGAGCUAUGCGAGCACUUUGCAAAGGAUCUUCUUGAGCGACUACCACCAAUGUGGGACAACACACCAUAUAAGGCUUGGCUCGAGGACGUUGUUGAGAAUGGACGCCCUGCUCCAGUGGAAUUCGUGGUGGAGGAUAUUCCUCAAUAUUUAACUCGUCGGACCCGGCGGCAAACACAUAUAAGUCGCUUGUCAAGCGCUCUCGGGCCUACCCCUAGUGUUGAAGCCGAGUCAAAGGAUGAAGUCCGGGCUGGAAAGCAACCUCGGGUAGGCCGUCCAUCCGGCAAGGUGGCAACCCUGCGUGUGGCAGGCUCCAAGCGACUCGCAUCCGAUAUGAUUGAUGAAGACGACAUGCCGCCCAGGCGCGGACGAAAAGCCCUAAAACGAACAGUCAGGGUGGAGGAAGACGAGGAAAGUGACGCAAACAGCGUCGUCAUUGAUAUAGCUGAUGACACGGGCGUCAUACCGAAAGAUGCAGUCCGAAUAGUAGUCCAAGCCGAACGCCUCCCGACCAUGUCACCGGCCGGUCCUAACGGGACCUGGACGUGCGAUCAGGAAGGGUGCAACUACGUGGUCCGGUCGGCGGACGAGCCCGAGGGCCAGGAUCUCAUCUCGAAGCACUUCAAGGACCACGAGGAGCAGGCGCAGAAGAUCAACUUGGCCAUGGAGGAAAGUAAGGCCGGACAUUUGCCUAUCAAUCACAGUCAUCUCCUCGAUAAAAUCCAGGCGAUGGGGAAGAAUGCCCUGGCUAAGAAACGGGGUUCGCUGAACGGGGAACCGCUGCCACUCCCGAUCAAACGUCGGUUGUUGAUUUAA